AUGAGCGGUGCGGUGAUUGGCAUUAACCUCGGUAAUACGUACGGUAGCAUUGCAUGCAUCAAUCAGCAUGGCCGCGCAGACGUGAUUGCAAAUGAGAAUGGUGAGCGCCAAAUUGCUACGCGCAUUGCGUUCAACGGCGACCAGGUAUACAAUGGCAACGAAGCGACGCCGCAGCUGGUGCGCAAUGCGCCCAAUGUGAUUGACCGCUUUGUGAACCUCGUUGGCCGCAGCUUCAGCGAGCUGUCCGAGGAUGACGUGAAGCGCAACUCGGCGCAAGUGAUCGACGCGCAGGGCACCCCCUCGUUCAAAGUCCAAAUCGACGGCAAAGAGACACUGCUUUCUGCGCACGACGUGCUUGUCCGCUUCAUCGGCGUGCUCUUUGGUGCCGCAAAAGACUUUAUGUCUGGUGUUCCGAUCAUCGGCACUGUGCUCAGCAUUCCGGGCUGGUUCAACGACGCGCAGAUCAAGGCCGUGGAGACGGCCGCGACCGACGCUGGCCUCCAUGUGCUUCAAAUCAUUCCCAUUCCCGCCGCGGCGCUUGUUGCUUAUGGCAUCACUGCGCCUGGCCUCGAUGGAAGUUUGCCGGCGAACCCCGACGGAGAAGAAGGCAGGCCGUACGCGCCGGAAAAGACGCUCAACAGGAAUGUCGUCGUAGUCGACUUUGGCGGCUCUUCUUUUGACGUCACGGUCGUCGCCGCGCGUGCGGGCAUUUACGCACUGCUGGCUUACGAGCACGACAAGAGCAUCGGCGGUAAUGUAUUGGACGACCUUUUGGUCCAGUACUUUGCCAAAGAGUUUACCAAAAAGACCAAGGUCACGAUCCGCGACGACGACUCGCGCGCGUGGGCAAAACUGCGCAACGAGGCAGAGAUGACCAAGCGCGCGCUGAGUGCGAGCAACUCGGCGCCGUGCAGCGUGGAGAGCUUGGCGGAGGGCCUCGACUUUAGCGGCUCGGUCAACCGCAUGCGUCUCAACCUGCUCGCCGGGAGCCUCUAUUCGCGCGCGCAGGGCAAUGUGAAGAAGACAAUUGAAGCUGCCAACCUUGACCCGUGCCAGAUCGACGAGGUGGUGCUUGUCGGCGGCGCUGCACGUCUUUCGGGCCUCGCCGAGCAGAUCAGCUACCUGUUUGCAGAGGACAGCGGCGUGCACAUCACCCAGUCGAUCGACGCCGACCAGGUGAUUGCGCGCGGAAACGCUGUGUAUGCACAAAUUAUUGUCCAUCUUCCGAAAGACUCGCCCGAGCGCAAGUUUAUCGAGUCGCUCGAUAAUACGCUUGCCGAGAACAAACAGCAACUCUGCGCCCCUUCGCUCACGCAGCCCAUUGGCAUUGUGCUCGACGCGCCCGCUGCGGGCGCGCCGGAAUAUGCGCGCGUGGAGAAGCAAAUCGUCGACGGGCAGCUGUUUGUCACCAUAGUCCCCACCGAGACGCCGCUGCCCACACGCUGCACGUACCGCUUCCCCACUGCGCAGGGCGCUUCCGCUUCGAUGGUGCGCAUUGCCAAAGGCACGCCUCUUGUUCGCACGGACAUGAUAGCGCCGGAGCCUCUGGACGACGACGAUGACGACGACGAGCCGCUCGAGCCGGAGGAGGUCAAGACUGCGUAUGUGAAGCCGGACAGUUCGCGGCUAGCCGAGCUGGUUGUGCCGCACGCGAAGACGGCCAAGACCAUCACCGUGGAGGUGAUUGUUUUGAGCGGCGGCCAGGCCACCAUCGAGGCCAAGGUCGAUGCAGAGACAAACGUCGCUGCGAGCGCCAAGAUUGGUGCAUAA